CUUGGGAUGGCCGUGUGCCCGCCCCCCACGCUGACAGAUGUGCCUAAAGUUCCAUAUUCCAAGCCAGAAAUACUGCAUCUCAAAUAUUCUACAUCAAACUGCUAGUUAAAUGAAGACCAAGUCUAGUAAUCGGCCUCUAGCUUGUCAGCCCCAACGAGAAAGAAACCCUGAUUGCUCUGCCCUGGGAAAUAGUAACCCUGCCGAAAACACCUGCUUGCUGGGGACGGAGGAUGUGAUGGAGCUGCUUGAAGAAGAUCUCACCUGCCCAAUUUGUUGCAGUCUGUUUGAUGAUCCUAGAGUUUUGCCUUGCUCACACAACUUCUGCAAAAAAUGCUUGGAAGGUCUCUUAGAGGGAAAUGUGCGCAAUUCUCUGUGGAGACCAUCUCCAUUCAAGUGCCCUACAUGCCGUAAGGAAACUUCAGCUACUGGAGUCAAUAGUUUACAAGUCAAUUACUCCCUGAAGGGUAUUGUGGAAAAGUAUAACAAAAUCAAGAUCUCUCCCAAAAUGCCAGUGUGCAAAGGACACUUGGGCCAGCCUCUCAAUAUUUUCUGCUUAACUGAUAUGCAGCUGAUUUGUGGGAUCUGUGCUACUCGGGGUGACCACACCAAACAUGUCUUCUGUUCUAUUGAAGAUGCCUAUACUCAGGAAAGGGAUGCCUUUGAGUCCCUCUUUCAGAGUUUUGAGACCUGGCGUCGGGGAGAUGCUCUUUCUCGCUUAGAUACCUUAGAAACUAGCAAGAGGAAAUCCCUACAGUUACUGACUAAAGAUUCAGAUAAAGUGAAGGAAUUUUUUGAGAAGUUACAACAUACUUUGGAUCAAAAGAAGAAUGAAAUCCUGUCUGACUUUGAGACCAUGAAGCUUGCAGUCAUGCAAGCCUACGAUCCAGAGAUCAACAAACUCAAUACCAUUUUGCAGGAGCAACGAAUGGCAUUUAACAUUGCCGAGGCUUUCAAGGACGUGUCAGAACCGAUUAUAUUUCUGCAGCAGAUGCAGGAGUUCAGGGAGAAAAUCAAAGUAAUCAAGGAAACUCCUUUGCCUCCCUCUAAUUUGCCCUCAAGCCCUUUAAUGAAGAAUUUUGAUACUAGUCAGUGGGAGGACAUAAAACUAAUAGAUGUGGAUAAACUUUCUUUACCCCAAGACACUAGCACAUUCAUUAGCAAGAUUCCCUGGAGCUUCUACCAGCUAUUUAUGGUAGUCCUUCUGCUUGGCCUUAUUUUUUUCUGUCCUACCUUAUUCCUAGAAUGGUCUUUAUUUGAUGAAUUGGCAAGGUGGAAGGACCAUUUUUCAAACUUCAGUUAUUAUCUAACUAAAUCAGCUGGUUUUAUAGAACAAUCAGUUUUUUACUGGGAACAAGUGGCAGACAUGUUUUUCAUUUUCAGUGAAAGAGUUAAGAAUUUUACUUUGGUGGUACUGAACAAUGUGGCAGAAUUUGUGUGCAAAUAUAAACUAUUAUAAAAUCUCUUUAGCUCUGCAGUUUUUUUUUCAUAAAAAAAACGGAUAGAAAUUGAUAUAAGGGUAGUAACUCAGAUUUAGUCAAGAUUCCAGUCAUUUUCUUCCAAAAGUUUUUCUGUUUAAAGUAAUGUGUAUACAUGUUCAAAUUUGGUAAAAAUAAAGAUAAAAGUGAAGUUUUCA